AUGUCAUUUAAUCAAAUGGUACCAAAUCAACCACUUAAUCCAACACAACUCUUACAACAGCAAGCAAUGAAUCCAAAGUCACGUAAACCAUAUACAAUUACCAAACAAAGAGAAAAUUGGACUGAAGAGGAACAUGCCAAAUUCCUAGAGGCACUCACAUUAUUCGGUAGAGAUUGGAAAAAGAUUGAAGGUUUCGUAGGAACCAAGACUGUAAUUCAAAUCCGUAGUCAUGCACAGAAAUAUUUCAUCAAAGUCACAAAGAAUAACACUGGUGAGAACAUUCCACCACCACGUCCAAAGAGAAAGUCCGUUCAACCAUAUCCACAGAAGGCCAGAAACGACCCAUCGCUGGGUAUGCUGACCGACUCACUCUCUAACAACCCAUUCUUGAAUUCAGCAUCGUUUGUCAAUUGGAUGAGCUACCGUGGAUUGAUGCCAUCGAUGGACAACUCCUCUGGUGGAGCCAUGCCAUUGAACAGUAUGGAUUCACACCGUCAACAACUCGAACAACUCAACCAAGCACAACAAUAUAUCCAAUCGGCCAUGUCUGCCGCGCAGAAUGCCAACCGCAACGCGGGUAGCACUGCCAACAGCAUGAGCAGUAGCAGCGGUAACAUCAACAUCACACCAAACUACCCAAAGAUAUACAACUUCCUCUCUGCAUUGUUUGACUCGAACAACUCUUCAUACACCGACACACUCAACGAGCUCUCACAGAUCGACCGUGAGACCAUGCAACUCUUGAUGCACAACCUCGCCAUCAACUUGGCCAACCAACAAUACCGUGACCAACAUCAAUCACUCUUGGAUCAAUGUCGUUCGAUGAAGCGUGAAGACGAAGAGGAAAUCAUCUCCUCACCGAUCAUCUCUCCACGCAAUCCAGGUUCCGCCUCGGAUUUCUGUGAUACACUCGACAGUCUUGGAUUCAACAUGCAAUCCGCCAACAACAUCUUCUCAUUGCAAUCAACACAACCAACCAACUUUAAUUUGAACCCAUUGUCACAUUCCACACCCAAUUUAAACAUGAACAGCCUAAUGUCACUGAACACCAACAACAAUCUUUUGCUGGGUCAACAAAACAAAUUCAUGAACACUGCACAACCAAGUUUUUCUUAA